AAAACGAGUUUUGUUAUACUUCAAUAACAAUGACUGAAAUUCAGCGUGAAAAGUUGGAGGUUGAGAUAAAAAGUAUAGAUGAUGAACUUAAACGCACACACUCCCAAGUCGAGGAGUUAUUACGCCGUGAGGAAGAACUCCAGCGAAGAAAGGAUAUUUUGCAAGAAAAACUUCUGGAUGCUCGGAAAGAUGUGCCUACAAAUGAGAAGAAUUCAACUUAUUGGUCUUCCAUGUCAUUCCAGUGGUCUAGUAAAUUAGAAAAUUUGAAAAAAACUGUUUUUGGCAUCAAGAAAUUUCGGCCGUUACAGCUUGAGUCUAUGAACAUCACUUUAUCAGGUGUAGAUUGCAUUCUUUUGAUGCCGACUGGUGGCGGUAAAAGUCUCACAUUUCAACUUCCUGCUCUGGUUUCUACUGGUUUUACGCUGGUCGUUUCCCCCCUGGUGUCUUUAAUGGAGGACCAGAUAAUUUUUCUAAAAAAGUAUAACAUAAAAGCAGCUUUAUUGAACGCUAGUUGUACCAAAGGGGAGCUUGACCGAGUUCAAUCACAGAUGCUGGAUAAGAAUUAUGGGCUGAAAAUUCUGUACGUCACUCCAGAGAAGAUUUCCAAGUCGAAACGUUUUCUUGCCAAGUUGGAAAAGGCUUAUGAAAAUGGAAAUGUGUCUCGAUUUGUCAUAGAUGAAAUUCACUGUACUAGCCAAUGGGGUAAUGAUUUCAGACCGGACUAUAAAUUUCUUGGUAUUCUCAAACGUCAAUUUCCAAGUGUUCCAAUUCUAGGCCUCACGGCCACAGCAACAUCCAGUAUCAUUGAAGACGUAAAAAAAAUCUUGAAUUUAUCAGACAGCACGGUUAUACUAAAGGCAUCCUUUAAUCGUCCAAAUUUGUUUUAUGAGGUGAGACUUAAACCCGCCUCUUCAGAAGCUACUGUUGACGAAAUCGCCUCCCUUAUUAAAAAGUGUUUUGCUCGACAGUCAGGCAUAGUGUAUUGUUUGUCAAAGAAGGACAGCGCAGAGGUUGCCUCCGGCUUGCGUACUCGCCAUAUAAUGGCUGAAUGUUAUCAUGGCGACAUGACUUCCGAAAGCCGUACUAAAGUCCAUUCAGCGUGGACUAGUGGGAGCUUGGAGGUGAUUGUCGCUACAGUAGCGUUUGGCAUGGGUAUCAACAAGCCCAACGUUCGCUUCGUCAUCCACCACACGAUGAGUAAGUCAAUGGAAAAUUAUUAUCAAGAGAGUGGCAGAGCUGGCAGGGACGGCAAACGAGCUGAUUGCAUAUUGUACUAUCAUCCUACCGACGCCAGCAGACAAAGCACUAUGGUUUUCGCUGAACAGACAGGAUUAAAAAACGUUUACAACAUGCUCGCGUAUUGUCAAGAUGAAUCAUCGUGUCGCCGUUUAUUGAUUAGUCAGCAUUUUGGAGAAGAAUGGAAGACAUAUAAAUGCAAUCACUGGUGCGACAACUGUAAAAGUUCUCAAAAAAAGAAUUCCAGUGCGCCUAUCCCGAUCAACUGGACGUCGGAAGCUCAAACUGUUUUGAAAAUACUGAAACAUGCCCAGGAUAUGAACCAUAGAUUAACCAUGCUUAAGUUAAUCGAGGCAUGGAACAGAAGAGGAAAAUUAUGCUUGAAUCAUUUACCAAAACCAAAUUGCUCUGUAAUUCAAUGCCAACGUUUUAUCGUUCAUCUGUUGCUUACUGGUGUUUUGCGCGAGGAUUUUCAUUUCACGCCAUACGCAACCAUAUCAUACCUAGUGCCUGGAUCGUCAUCCGAAGACGUGUUGGAUGGUGCUUCAUGUGUGUUAUUCUCGUCUUACGUUCGAAAAGAAGAAAGUGUAGGCGGCACUGUGACACACGAAAACCAAAAAAGAAAGCGAAGAAAAUCUAAAAGAGGUUUGAAUAGCCAUGAUUCUCGUAAAAGGUCACGAACAGAAGCUGUUAAUACUGCAAAUGUUAAUGAACAUAACGGAUGUAAGAAUGAGGUCAACACCAACGAGCAGUUAGCAAAAAUUUCAAAGCUAUUCAAACAACAUCCGAACCCACGGACAAAAGCAGUCAGGGUCAUGCUUAUAAACCUUGUGUUAUAGUUCUUGAUUGAUUAAGAUGUUCGAUUCAUUUCUUUGUUCUUAAUCACGUGAAAGUUGGCGAAGUGUUCUGCUUCCAUGUUUUUUUAAGAGCAACUCCAUAUUGCAUAAUACAAUAUUACAUUUCUUUGGCAUAUGUUUAUUGAAUUCCUACACAGUUGAUUCGAAAUUUUCAUUGUCUUAAAUAAAAGAUAUUCUUUGACUAUAAUGAGCUUCCUUUGCCACAAGUUUGGUUUUAAAACUGUUAUUACUUUUAUUAUUGUGGCAAUAAAAAAAUUAUGAUCAAUUAUUUUCUGAUCAACA